GCGGAUCUUUCGAAGAUUAGGAUGGCAUUUCAACCAGAUACAAAACUCAGAAAAAAAGCGAAGUUGUGACCAUGAAACCAUCAAAACAGAAAACACUUUUCCAGAGCUGGGGUCCUCGAAAAACAGAUUCUCAAAAUAAGCCUGAUAUACUGAAUAAGAGCAAUGCUAGAGAGGCCACUCCUGCUGCAGCCAGCACUGAGGACGUGAUUGAUCUAUGUGGGAGCUUUGAUGAUGAUGACGAUGAGCUUUUAUGUGAAGCUGAGGAAUCACUCGCUAUAACGCACAUCGCUGAGCCUGGACCAAGUACUUGGAAUGGGAGGAAGAUUGGUGGCACAUCCAGUUCUAUCAGUAUUAACAAUCAAAAGGAAGACAGUGGCCACAAUGAAGCUGGGCAACAGGGUGAACAUGAUGGAAAUAUCUCGUUGGGUGUUGAUGGUUUUGGGUGUAGUCAGAUAUCCGCCACCCAGGCUGCAGACCUGCCAGGGUAUGACAGGACAGCGGGCAAGUUGUGGAUCUACCCAACCAACUACCCAGUGCGAGACUACCAGUUCAACAUCUCGCAGCAAGCUCUAUACAAAAACACCAUGGUUACCCUCCCUACUGGCCUCGGAAAGACUUUCAUUGCAGCGGUGGUGAUGUACAAUUUCUAUCGCUGGUAUCCACAGGGUAAGGUGAUCUUCAUGGCCCCUACAAAGCCCCUGGUGGCCCAGCAGAUAGAGGCCUGUUACAACAUCAUGGGCAUUCCACAGGACCACACUGCUGAAAUGACUGGUAGUAUGGGUCCGAGUAAACGUGAGAGGGCGUGGCAGGAGAAGCGUGUCUACUUCCUGACUCCCCAGGUGCUCACUAACGACCUAAGUAGGGGGUCUUGCCCUGCCAAUCUUGUCCGCUGUCUCGUUAUAGAUGAGGCUCACAAAGCUCUGGGAAACCACGCCUACUGCCAGGUGGUGCGAGAGUUGGUCAAGUACAGUCAGAUGUUCCGAGUUCUUGCCCUCAGUGCCACCCCUGGCAGUGAUAUCAAGGCUGUACAGCAAGUGUUGACGAACUUAUUGAUCUCCCACAUUGAGAUUCGUACAGAAGAGAGCCUGGACAUUCAGCGAUACUCCCACGAGAGGAGGGUUGAGAAAGUGGUUCUACCACUUGGUGAUGAACUCACACAGGUCAAGGGGAAGUACAUACAGAUAAUGGACGUGGUAGUGGGCCGACUGAAGCGACAGGGCGUCUUGUACCAGCGGGAAACCACCAGUUUUUCAAAGUUCCUUAUUCUUAAAGCACGGGAACAGUUCAGACAGGAUCCACCAGAAAGACUACCUCGCACCCAGUAUGGUGUAGUAGAGGGUGACUUUGCUCUUGCCAUGAGUCUUUAUCACGGGUAUGAGCUACUGCAGCUCCACGGGUCUCGGUCCCUGUACAAUUUCCUGGAGGGGAUACUCACUGGCGAGAAGUCGUACGGACGGACACGUACCGAGUUGAUGCGAAACGGGGACUUUGUUUCCCUUAUGGAGAUGCUGGCUUCUAAAUACAAGACUCCUGAAGGCCUUACAUUAAGCCAAGUGGAGAAAAGGCCACAGACUGUUGGUCAUCCCAAGAUGGAGAAACUGCAGGAAAUUGUGCUGGACCACUUCAGCAAGCAUACUGAUGCUCCAUCCAGAGUGAUGAUAUUCUCGCAAUACAGAGACAGUGUCCAAGAGAUUACAGCAAUGCUUCAUCGACAUCGACCCAUGGUGAUGGUUAUGUCUUUUAUCGGCCAGGCCAGCACCGGAAAAAACACCAAGGGAUUCACUCAGAAAGAACAGCUCCAGGUUAUGAAGAAGUUCCGCGAGGGAGGGUACAACACUCUUGUGUCCACUUGUGUCGGUGAGGAGGGACUCGAUAUUGGGGACGUUGACCUCAUUAUCUGCUUCGACGCACACAAGUCCCCGAUACGUCUCGUACAGAGGAUGGGUCGCACAGGAAGGAAACGUGAGGGCAGGAUCUUCAUGCUCGUCACUCAGGGCAAAGAAGAGCAGAUCUACAAUCAGAGUCAGUACUCCAAGAGGAGCAUUCACAAGGCGAUCCUGAAUGGGGCACGAUCCCUCCAUUUCUACCAACACUCACCCCGCAUGGUGCCCGACUCCCACGUGCCUCAGUGUCAUAAGAUGCACAUCACUGUGCGUGAUGCUUUCAAACCAGUCAAGAAGAUUGCACCUGAUAAGACAGAUCAUAAUCAGAGCAAGAUUACUUCAAUGUUAGGAGAAGGUAGCAAGGCUGUUGUCCAGGAGGGUGACGGGGGUAUCAGCCUUGCUGAGUUCCGAGAGUUGGAGCCCUGGCUGGUACCAGAUUCACAACUUCCUGUACUGCCGACUCCCAGCUUGAUGUGCCUGCCUGGGAGCCAACAGCUUACAGAGCCCCAAUCAGGAGGCCGUCUGCUGUCGCUGUCUGACUGGAGCCCCUGGCAGACAACUCUGCAGGAGACAGGAAGGACGGGGCACAGCAUGCAGGCACAACAUCUCGUGCAGCUCAUGGAGUUUGUUCAGCUUCAACAGUCCCUGGACCCUGAUGAUGACCCCUAUGGCCUGGAAAUGGCUGCCUAUCUCAACGAAGACGACAUUGUAAAGGAGAGGGAGACAGUUGCCCCAGGAUCCAUAUUGAAAUACUGCAUACCAAGCACAGGGAAGAAAGCUGUGAAGUCAAAGAAGAAGCGUGGGCAGGGAAAGUUCAAGAGCAGACUUAGUGCCGUCUUACCUAAAAUGGCUAAAACAGAUGAGGAAGAUUCAGAUAUGGAGUUACCAGAGUUUAACGUGAACAAAACCACUGGGGGAAGAAAUGUUGGAAAACCUCGACCUGGUACUCUCAGUGUAAAUGAUGACUCUUCAGAUGAGCUACCUGCUUUAGAUGAUGAUAAUGACAGUGGUGUUGAAAACAGCAUUGGAGGGAAUGAUGGUGAAAGAGAAGAAACAGCAGUUGAGCUGUCUGAUAAUGAUGAAGUUGAUGGUGAAAUAACAUCCAAGCCAAAACCAUUGCCAAAGGAGAAAGGUCAUGAUACAGGAAGAAAAGUAAUUAAGAGCAAAGCAAAGUCACUGGAGAGAAAGAUGAAUGAAACUAAGUUAAGGAAAAGAAAGAAGAGUAGACAUAGUAGUGGUCAUAGAUCUAUUGUUGAACUGAUAGCAGAUAGUGAUUCAAAUGAUUUUGAUAAUAUAGCAGAGGAAUAUGUUACAUUUGCUGAUGAACUACAGGAAAUCAAUGAACACUCAAUUAGUCCAAAGAAAAUGGAAAUAUCUCUUGUAGAGGAACAUGAUGAUAGCAUAAUGGAAGUAGAAACAGACUGUGCAUUAGAAAACUCAUUAGAAGAUUUAAUAGAGGGCUCGAUAAGAAUUAGAACUCCUCCUCCAGUAGAGGAAGCGAUUAAAUUGUGUAAGGCUCUGAAUGAAGAAACUGGGAAAAUAAAGGUGGACCUACUAGCCCUUGUAGAGGAGUGGCACAGGGAAAACGCUGAUGGCAAAUACAUUGUGUACCCUGUUUGGUACAGUAAGAAAUAUCACAGAGAUUCUGGCAUCCACGAGGAAACACCACCGGCUGAAAGAAAUGCAAGAAAAUUAUCAGUGCCCAAUCAAGAUUUGUCUGUAAACACUUCAUUGGGUGUUAUGGAAGACAGUUCACCAUUGGAAAAUGUCAACAACAAUGAAAACACUGUGGAAAUAUUAGGUAGUAAAAGUAAAAAAAGUAAAAUAAGUAUAGGUGACAGUAAUACUAAGGAAGAUUUGGCAACAAAUAAAACAGAGAAAGCUAGUGCUUUAAUGAAGAAAAGGAGACUAUUUAAAUCUCCACAAGCCACCAAUCUUACAAAAUCACCAAAUGGAAGUUCUCCAGAGUCGACCAACAGUAGGGAUUCCUCAAACUUAUCAGUUACCGAUAAUGAAGAUUUACAAGCUAUAGUGUCCGAAAGUCAUACUAAAUGCAUAAAUAGCCAAAGUUCAAGGUCAAAUGAACAAAACACUGAAGACAUCAAUAAAGAUCAAAAGAAAAGCCAACGUAAAGAUGCCCUAUCUAAUGAGCUUGAUAAUGACAAUCUUAAAGUCAAUGAUGAUGAAGAUAUGUGGAUGAAUACUGGAAGUUUUGCUCUUGACUUGGAUAUGGAUGAGAUGGAAGAAAAGGAAGACGAAUUGAUGCAGAUAUUUGAUGAGGAAAACAGUCCAGUAUUUUCUUCCUCUGUGAAAAAAUCCAAAAAUUCAGAUGCAACUGAUAGUGUUAGUAAGAAUAAUCAAGGAAUGGCUAGUGCUACAAACACAGUUCAAGACAUUAAUGAAUUGUCAGAAAAUAAGAAAAUUCAGUCAUUGUUUGAUUUUUGUGAGAAAGAUGACCUUCAGUCAACCUUUGAGUCAGAAACGGAUAAAAAUGAUGAACUACCAUUAGCUAAACCAUUCACAGAAACUGUGCCUAAAUCAUUUGAAUUUGAUUCUUGGCCUCAUGAUGAUAUUGAUGAUGAUAUCUUUGAUGGUAUCAAAACACCUGCUGUUUCAAAAGCUAACACAACAAGCACUCAGAUAACAUUUACCCAGGCCUUACACUUUGUUGCUGGAAGCACAUCAUCAGGAUCAGAGUCAUUAGUAGAUGGGCAUUCACAUCCAGGAGAGCCAUUGAACAGUCACACGUAUUCUGGAAUGUCAGAGGAUAUGAUGGGAGAUCAUGAACAAGGAUUUAAUUUUCAAGAAAAUAUUGUUAAGGCUGGACCUUGUUUAAGUGAGAAAAGUCGUAGCAAAUCGGGGUCAGAUAAUUGUGCUAGUGCAAAGUCAUUGUCCAAUACAUUACUAGAAGGAAACAGUGACUCUUCAGAGUUGCAAGAGGAGAUCGAAAAUAGUGUGCAAUGUGCUGAAAAGAACAAAGAAUUUAACAAACUGGAUAGUGCGCUGGACAAUCCUGUUCAGAAGCCGAAAUCACUGGUUAGAAAAUCUUCCUCUUCAUCAUCAGAUGGUGUUGAAAUGCCAGAAUUUGACCUUGGCUUUGACCUUGAUGAAGAUAUUAUACCCCCUUCUCCUGAUAUGAAAGUUUCGCAGUCCCAGAAAUCAAUUCGUCUGAGCCAGGCAUUUAAUCUGAGUAGCAGGCUCAGUCAGAGUAGGCCAGCUAAAGGUGAAUCAGUCAUUGAACAGAUACAGAAGUCAGGAGCCAAACUUGGAACAGGAUCUGAGAAUCAAAAACCUGGUUCCGUAAAAGGUUUUCCAAAGAGUAGAAAGUCUUUAAAACUGGCCAGUAUUGAUGUUCAGGACAAAAUUGAGGAAUGUGAAGAAGAAUCGCAGUCUCUGCUCUCUGACAGUGAUAGUUUAAAUUGCAAACUAAUUGGUAACUCGAAGAAAAAUAAAUCUGAAAACAAAAAGAAGACUGACCUUCAGAGUAUUCCAGAAAAUAGAUUGUCUGUGGAUGUUGGACAUGAAAAUGAAAGUUAUAUACCUGCAAAAGAAAUUAAAGCCAAAAAAGACAUAGAAAACAAAGGCAAGAUUGAGGUAUCUGAACCAGUUGAACAAAAAUUUAAUUUAUCCUUUGAUUUGUUAGACACAGAUUUGGAUGACUGGAUUGAUUCAGGAGCAGAACCUGUAACACAUGAUAACAAAGAAAAUAAAGACAAUGUGAAUGGGGAUGUUAGUACAGUUGAAGACCAUCCUGCUAACAAAUCUCAACCACCAGUUGCAACAAUUGCCCCCAUAAGCUUUUCCCAGAAGUUCAAUAAUGAAGGCAAGAAACAAUCUUUGAAUGAUAAGAAACUGAAGAAAGAUUUGAGAAAAUCUGUUUUCCAAAUGGAUGAUAUAUCACCAGAUGUUAGAGGGGUUCCAGUGAAUCAUGCUAGAAGUAAAGAUGUGCGAAAGUCUGUUUUCCAAAUGGAUGACAUAUCACCAGAUGUAAGGGGAGUACCAGUAAAGCAUGUUAAAAGUAAGGAUGUGAGAAAGUCUGUUUUCAAAGUUGAUGACCUUUCUUCAGACUUCUUUGAUGACUCGUUUGAUACAUCUGUCUUUGUUACCAAUGAUCCACCAAAGACAAAAAGUUCCACCCCAAAAAACAGUCAUUCUUUAAAACACAAUACCAGUACACCAAUGUUGUCAGCACGAAGGAAGGUACAGUGUGUCGCACCAUUCAGACCAGAUGAGGGUACACCCAUUGGUAAAACUGGUGGAGAUAAUUUCGUUGUUACUCCUCCUUUCACAGCUGAUCAUCUUAAUAAAGUACCACAAGUCACUGAUGGCUUUCAUGAUGAAACUGAGGCUUCUAGGCAUGACAGUAAUGAUAUGAGUGUCAAUGUGUCUAGUCACUCGAGUAACAAAAGUGGAAGUGUAACACGGAACGACACUAGUGUUAGUAAAGAAGCAUCUGAUAAUGAUGAUAGUUUGAUCGUUGUAAGGAAAAAGAAAAAUGUUCAUAUUUUGGAAUCUCCUGCUAGUCAAGCAUUUAGCGUACAUGAUACAUCAGACAUUGUUCGACCAAAGAGCAGAAAAGCUCUGAUCCUCAGUGGUGAUGAUGAUGAUGCUGAUGACUUUAAUGACUCAUUCAUGAUGACACAGAAUAAAUACAUCCCUGCAAAGAAAAGAAAAACCAUUGAUACACACAUGGUAGAUUUGGAUGAUGAUUUUGAGAUCACUAGAAAUGAAUCACAUGGAAAAUCAGUCAAAAGUAAUUCCACAUCAGCUUUUGAAAUGCUUGAAGAUGAUGAUGAUUUUGAAGAGAGUUUUAUACAGCCGAGAGGAAAAGAAAUACUAAAAGGAAAUCAAACUAGCAGAGUUCAACAACAGACAACAAAAGUGAACAGAAGGCCUCUUCCAACUAUCAAACACAAAAAGCGUCGGGCGGCCAACCCGUUUCUUGAAGAGGAGGCAGAGCUUAGCGAAGAAGAUGGGGAGAUGGAUGGCGUGUCUAGUGAUGAGGCGGAGGGCAGUGACCUUGAUACAUAUGACAAUAGCUUUAUACACGAUUCCCAGAUGUCUCAGGUGUCUCAAGCUAACAACACAGACAUACACGCCCUCUAUCUUAAGAGUGUGAGAAGCCCUGUAGGUGGUGAAGGAAAGUUCAAGCUGCAGUACAACCACCGUAACGUAGACGUGUUUUCCCAGGCUCCGCCCCAGGAAGAGUCUCACUACAUGGAGGAUUCCUUCUGCGUUGACGAGGAAUGUGACGAUGAGUGGAUGCUCAGAGAGGAGGAGGAAGAGAGUAGUGGAGAGGAGCCAAGGGAGGUAACCUUACUGCAUGGAGACAACUCUGUGUUACAUACUGGUCGUAGGAAGAGAAGGGCAGGGGGAGUAACUUCGUUUAUGACCAGCAGGCAGAGAGAGAUACAAGUCGGCCGAAUGAACGCUCUGGAUAAGAUCAGAGCUAAAGUCGCUGGAAAAACAGAUCGAAAGAUGAGGUUGGAUUCGGUCGAGGAGGUUGAAGGGGUAAAAGAAACAGAGGCAGUGGAACAGGUGAAUAAGCAUUGGAAGAGGAAUAGGAGGCUAGAAGGAAGAGUAGAAAAGAAAAUAGAAGGAAAGAAAAGCCGGAUACAGAGGCUUAAUGAUUCUUCCAGUGAGGAGGAAAAUGAAUUUCUGGAUAAAUCUGAGCACAGUGUAAAGAAGGGGCCAGGUCAGAUGCUGGGAAAAGGGGUAAAGAGAGCUCGGAUUCUGCUGAGCAGCGAUAGUGAGAAUGAUGAUGACGGUGUGGGUGGAUUGAAGAUGUUUAAAAUGGAUGGUAAUGUGAACUCAGAUGUGAGUGCUGCUGAAUCUGCUAGGCUCGAAAGACUGAGAAAACAAAGAGAAAAGCAAGAAGAAUUUAGAAAAAAGCUGAAACAGUCGGAGGACAGUAAACUUACCAAGCUAAAAGAUAAACAAAGUACACAAAGUUUUGAAGAAAACAAUGCAAGUAGAAGUGAUUCAGAAUUUGCAAAACCAAAAGCUGUUAAUGAUAAUAAUGAUGUUGAAGUGAUAAUGAAUAUUUCUAGUAAUCAAAGGCUGAAUAAUAAACCUGUGAUCUUAGUAGACUCACGAGAGAUAAGCAGUUCCCAAGACAUUAUAUCAGAUUUGAGAUUUAAACAUGAUGCAUGUGUGACUGCAGCCCAGUUGCAAGGAUGUGAUUAUAUUGUCAGCAACAGAAUGGCAAUUGAAAGAAAAUCGUGGUCGGAAUUCAGCAACGGGGCGAACCGGGCUAAACUCGUAGAAAGAAUGCAACAUCUGAGUGUGUUAUUUGAUCGGCCUUGCUUGAUUAUUGAGAAAGACAGGGUUAAACCGGGUGAAGAAAAAUCUGCCAAGCAAAUUCAUUGGACAAAAUAUGUGGACAGAACCUUGUCUCAGCUUUAUAGAUCUGAUGUCAGAGUGCUUUUUACUGAAAAUUGUGGCGAAACGGGACAGAUGUUGGCGGAUUUGUGUAGACUUGAGAUGCGGAAAAAUAUGAGAAUAUCAGUACCUCUUGAUCUUAAUCAGGACCAGACAAAUAAAGUUAAGUUUUUCUUGUCCCUUCCAAAGAUUAGUUACAUCCAUGCCUUAAAUUUAUGCCAUGGAUAUAAGUCAGUGUCAGACUUUCUCGCUAGUACAGCCUCCACUAUUGAACAGCGAGGUAAAAUGUCCACAAAUCGGGCCAUUGAGGUGUACAACUUUGUCCAUCGAGAGUUUGAUGUCAAUAUGUUGCCGGUCAACUAUAAGUAAUAGGAUUUAUUAAGUUUUGUAUGCUUUCUAGUCGAUUUAUCUGUCAUAAUGUGCGUAUUUAUGAUGACUAUGACAAUGCUCGGAAAUAUCUUGCAAUCUUGAUGAAAGAUAGAUAUUGUGCAAGUUUCACUACUUGUUUGUAUUUUUACGCUGUUAUGUGUGAAAAUAAGUUGAAUAGAAAUGCUAAAAAUAUUCUUUGACAACUAGUGUUGUCAUUUUUAGCUUGUCUGUUUUUUCAAAGUUAAAAAGUCCUAGUUUUGUCAUAGCCAUUGGUUGUAGGUGUGACUGCUUCGUGCUUGGCCAUAUUUUAAAAAAAAACAUUGAAGGUAUUCUAAUGAAACUUGGAUCACGUGUUGUCAGAGACAAAAGCCCAAUAUUUAGCAAUGCCCAUUACUCUGGAUUAAAUAAUUGUUGAAUUAUGCCCCUUGUUAAAGUGAAAUAACAGAAGAGCAUUUGCGUUUGCCAAUUGUCUCUUGGGCUCUUGCCUUAUUCACUGUGUGCGAAUGGACACCGGAUAUAGCUCAAAAAGUGAUCAAUCGAUAAGCGUUUGGUUUUGAGACAUGGACAGUUUUCUAUCAUUUUUUUGUAUUUUAUGGUGAUAUAUUUAACAAAAUCGACGAGUUUUGAAUUACUUGAUACUGUGCAAUAUACGACUAUGAUGGAAAUGUGUCUCCUCUUUUGUAUAAUAGUCCAAUUCUCGCCGAAAGUUGCAUGAUCGCUCACAAAUGUUCAU